AUGCCUGUACACGUUGACAGAUUCAAGUCAUCUGCUAUAUUUGAACAACUUAAAGUUAAUGCGAUCUAUGAGAUUCAUGUAAAAAAUCAAAAAGGGAAAGAACAAGUUUGGACACUAGAUUUUAAAAAUGAUGGAACGGUAAAUGCUGACAAAGGUACCGCAAAACCUGACAUUAUUAUCAAUUUAUCUGAUGAUACUUUUGUUGAUUUGGCUAAAGGGAAAAUUAAAGGCAAGUAA